UGGAGAUAGUGUGGAGUGGUACAGUAUAUAUAGCCUUGGUUGUGGGAGCGCCAUACGUACAAACAAACAUGAAAGCCCUGAUUCUUCUGGCUUUACUCGGAGCAGUAUUUGCUGCCCCAGUGGAGGAGAGGGAUGAGAAGGUUGUCGGAGGGUAUGAGUGCCCUGCCCACUCCGUGCCCUACCAAGUGUCUCUGAACGCUGGCUACCACUUCUGCGGUGGCUCCCUGAUCUCCAGCCAGUGGGUGGUGUCUGCUGCCCACUGCCACAAGUCUCGUAUCCAGGUGCGUCUGGGUGAGCACAACAUCGAGCAGAACGAGGUCACUGAGCAGUGGAUCGACUCCGCCAAGCUAAUCAAGCACCCCAACUACGACAGUUACACCCUGGACAACGACAUCAUGCUGAUCAAGCUGAGCAAGCCUGCCACCCUCAACAGCUACGUCCAGACUGUGGCCCUGCCCUCCCGCUGCCCCCAGGCCGACGAGAACUGCCUGGUGUCCGGAUGGGGCAACACCAUCCCCAAUGGAAACAGCUUUCCUACUAAACUCCAGUGCCUGAGGCAGCCCAUCAUCGAUCACAGAAUCUGCGAGAAUGCUUACCCCCAUCUGUUCACAGAGAACAUGGUAUGCUCUGGAUUCAUGCACGGAGGAGCCAGCAGCUGUCAGGGGGAUUCCGGUGGACCCCUGGUGUGUAAUGGUCAGCUGCAGGGUGUGGUGUCCUGGGGUUACGAGUGUGCCCAGGAGGGACACCCCAGUGUCUAUGCCCGCGUUUGCCAAUACAACAACUGGAUCAGCGAUAUCAUGAGCAGCAACUAAACACAAAUACACAGUGUUGCACACACACACAUGUACUGUAAUGCUCACACACUCAUUCAAGGUCACACUAACUAUGCCAAUCAGAAAUAUUCACUCUACCUCGGAGUCAACAGACAGUGUAUCAGUCAAUACGUUGGGAUACUGUGCAGCACUCUCACACCCUGUCAGUAAUAUACCGUUUGGAACACACACACUAUAUCCCGUGCAGACUACAGCCUACCCCCAGAGAAGUUUAGGCUAUAUCUAUGAAAUGAACUACAAUAAAUCCUAUCAGUGUGUUUUAUCUUCUUCAAAA